CUUUUCCAGUCUCAUCUUUGCUUCACACAACAGCAGAGGUCCUUGACUAUCGCCAACCUUCUCGUUCUUCGUACUCUUGUUCCAACAUCGUUGCUUGCUUGCUUCAAUAUCUUUCUUACAACUUCACAUCUUGCUGUCGUUGACUACUUCGUCGUCAUUGCGUUUCCCUUUUGCCGGAUCACCUCAAGGUCUUCGUCGAAAGCUUCAACUACCAAGCACCAUGUCGGCCUAUGGUGCUUCCUCCUCUUCCGUCGCCAACGGCGCCGCUGUCGCCGGACCAGGCAUUCCUGGCAAGGUGCCUAUAGCUCCGUUGGGCGAGCCUCCGGUUCAUCCCAACGAGAGACCUAUCAGGUCUUAUCGCCGGUCUCGCUCAGGCUGCUUCACCUGUCGACUCAGACGGAAGAAAUGCGAUGAAACCCGGCGUUCCUGCGAGACGUGCACCAAGCUCGGGCUCAAAUGCGAAUACAAAAUUCCGCAUUGGUGGUCCACUGGUGAAAAGCGUCGCCGGCAGAAGGAUCGGAUAAAGGAUAGAAUCCGACAGACCAAGGUCAUGGAAAAGCACGGGUCCUUCCGGGAAUACAUGGAUCGAAUCCGCGCUCUCACCGAAAGAAGUCCAAAGACCUCGGAAAAGGAAUCCAAUCGGCCCAUGAUGGGGGAGCAGUACAACUGGGAUGCUCCCCUCUUGCCCCCGGCCACUCCGUGCAAUAUCAACGUCACCUCCGAGACGUUUAUCAGCCCCGGGUUUCCGUCGUCGCUCCAGGCUAGCUCGCCGUCGAGCAUGUCUUUCACCCCUGUGAACGCCCCUCAGGGGCCGAUGUCGAGCCAAAUGCAAUCCCAGCUGCCGUCUCCGAUGUCGACUCAGAUGUCUACUGACAUUCCUGUCCCGACCCAUGGUCUCUCGGUCGCAGCCCAGGCACCUGCCGAGACGGCUGUCCAGGUGACCACCGAGAUGGCUCCUCCGGCACCUGUCGAGAUGUCCACUCAGCUGCCGACUCAGGCAUGUACGGAGAUGACUACUCCGCAAUUGACAAGUCCGACACCUGCUGAGAUUGCUGCACAGCUGCCAAUUCAGCUGCAGACUCAGGUACGGACCCAGAUGCCGAUCAUCAUGCCAGUCCAAGUACCCCCCAGCCCUCAACUUCCCGUUGAUGGCUGGUUCGGAAUCAACAACCACAGCAUGAACCAGAACAUGAACAAUGACAUGAAUAACGGCAUGAGCACCAUGAACACCAUGAACAAUAUGAACGGCAUGGGCAUGAACAGCAUGAACCCUGUGAGCUCCAAUGGACUCAACAACUUUGGUCAGCUCCAGCACUAUCCCGCGAUGGAUGUCCCCGGUUUCGCAUACCCCUAUGGAUCUUUGCCGGUGCCUCUCCAGACUGUUAUUCCGCUGGAUGAGAAGGACAGUCCGUUUCUGGACCACUUUGUAGAGAACGUCCUCCGACUGGCCUUCCCCAUAGUCGAUCUUCACCAGGUUGGACAGUUCCGGCUGAAAGAAAUCUUUCGCAAUAUGCGGUUCAAUCGCUCCUUUUUGCACUGCUGCCUCAGCGUGUCAGCCAUCCAUAUGAAGACCAGUCUCGGGCUGGAAGACCAGAUGGACCAUGACAUCAUGAAGCAUCGGUAUGAAGCGAUUUCUCAGCUCUGUCGUGCCCUUGGUCGCGGGUACAAUCCAAUUACGGUCAUCGAUGCCACUCUCGGUAUGAUCUACUACCAUUGCAAGAUUAGCAACACCGACGACUAUCUGCCCGAUAUUCCAUGGAGUGCUCACUUUCUGGGAGUCGCCACUCUGGUGAAGAAGCUGCAGCAUUCUCCCUCGCAGUUCAACAUUUCUCUGAUCACCUGGAUCGAUAUCCUGGGUUCCACCAUGACGGGAACCACGCCUCACUUCGCGCACGCUUAUCGCACCAAGCACUUGAAAGGCUCUCUGUCGGGGCUGCGGGGCUUGAUGGGCUGUGACGACGGCGUGAUGUACCUCAUUUCGGAGAUCACCUGCCUUGAACAUCUUCGACUGGAUGGCGAAAUUAACGACGAGGACAUGAAAGGGCAUGUCGAUGCUUUGAGGGCUCAGAUCGAGUGGACUGAACCGACCGAUCGCUCCUUGCAACAUCCAUACACCUCCAAUGGGGCCGUAGGGGCGAUGUCUUUGACGAAGAACAUCACUUCCCUAUUCCGCAUCGCGGCCCGCAUCUACCUGGAAAGUCUCCUUCCGGGUUUCAGCCGUUUCGACUUUACCGUGACCGACUUGGUCGCCAUAUUUGCGGAUAAUUUGGAUUAUAUCCCUGGCGGUCUUCACGGAUAUGAUCGCUGCAUUGUAUGGCCCCUCUUCAUCGUGGGGGCCUACUCGACUCCUGCUUGCUCUUUCCGCCGUAUUCUAACGGACCGGAUUGCUGCCUUGGGGUAUCUGGGAGACUUCGCCAGCUUCGGCCGGAUGUAUCGCCUCCUGAGAGAGAUCUGGCUAGCGGCCGAAGGUCCCAUCACUUCGGCUUCGGAUGAUGAUGAAGAUGCUCCUGGCUCUCCGGAGUUCGUCGAUGGCGAUGCCACUAUCCGACCACCAGUUACUGAAACUCAGGAGCCUGCGAGAGAGGAGCUUCACUGGCGGGAGAUCAUGAAACGCAACAACUGGGAUUUCCUUCUCAUGUAAUUGACUUG